AUGACUGCUUAUAGCUCGGAUACUGCUGCUUUGGAGGCUGCAGGGAAGAAGGAGGUGUUGAAGCGAGAAUGGAACUUCUGGGCCCUUUUGGGAAUGUCGGCAUGCACUCUCUGCACCUGGGAAGCAACAAGUGCGCUUUUUGCAGGCGCAUAUCUGAAUGGAGGACCCGCCUCGGUCGUGUACGGGUUCAUUGUCUCCGUUUUUGGCACGUUGGCAAUCACCACAUCGAUGGCCGAGAUGGCGUCUAUUUCACCAAUUGCAGGAGCUCAGUAUCACUGGACUGCUGAACACGCACCUGUCAGAUGGCGCGCGAUCAUCAGCUAUAUUCAGGGUUGGGUCACGAUCACUGGAUGGGUUGCCGGCGUAGCCUCUGUCUGUUUCUUGAUCGCAACUAUGAUCCAGGGUGUUGCGGUGCUCAAUUACUCUGGAUAUGAUGCGAAGCGUUGGCAUGCAACAUUGAUGAUGAUUGCAGCCGCAGGUAUCGCAGCCAUCGGUACGACUAUCGGGAAAAAGCUUUUACCUCUAUGGGAAACCUUGGGAGGUGGACUUCACGUUUUGUUCUUCUUCCUUGUCACGAUCGGGAUUCUUGCAACAAGCGAUAAAACUGAUAACCAUGAUGUCUGGGGCACCCUCAUCAAUGGAGGCGGAUGGCCUAGUGAUGGAGUGAGUUUCUGCUUAGGCUUCUUGACGCCGGCAUUCGCUCUGGCCGGUGUCGAUGCUGUUGUACAUAUGUCCGAAGAAGCAUACAAUGCCCCUCUCAACGUCCCUCGUGCCAUGUUGUGGUCGGUAAUCAUUAACGGUACAGCUGGAUUCCUGUAUAUUCUCACCGUACUGUACUCAAUCACCGAUGCUGAUGCGGUUUUGAACAACGCCACGGGCUUUCCCAUCAUUGGCGUUUUCUUGCAAGCCACCAACAACCAGAAAGCGGCAACUGCGAUGAUGACUGCUGUUAUUGUUGUCUUCACCAUGAACCUCUUUGGCUGCAUGGCAUCGGUGUCUCGAUUAAUAUGGGCCUUUGCAAGAGACAAAGGGCUGCCCUUCUCCGGAUUCUUUUCCCAUAUAACACCUCACAGCAAGUCUCCGACAAAUGCUGUCGUUGCAAUUUUCGUUUCGGUAUCGCUGCUUUCUCUGAUAAACAUUGGCUCAACAACUGCCUUUAACGCGCUCAUAUCGCUCACGACUCUGGGUUUCUACUUCUCAUACGCCAUCCCAACACUCAUGUUCGCCAUACGCCGCUUCAGCUCCAGCAACCCUAUCAGAUUCGGCCCGUGGACGCUGGGUAGAUUUGGCUUGACGGUCAAUAUCAUUGCGAUUAUAUUCUGUAUUUUCCUCAUCAUCUUUCUACCCUUCCCACCAAUGUUGCCGGUUACGAGUCAGAACAUGAAUUAUGCAUCUCCGGUAUUUGUGGGAGUCAUGGUUUUGGCAUUUCUCAAUUAUCAUAUACGAGCUCGGCACCGCUUUACCGGACCUAUCAAGGAAAUCAACAGCGAGACGAGCAGUGAAGAUAUUUCAGAAGAGUCAGUCACUCCUGAGAAGCUACCGGCCGAGACGCACUGA